UGCUGUUUGUGUCUUUGACCCAGUUUGACCCAGUCACAGACUCACAAAUACACAAAUCAACUGAACGAGACAAAUUAAGUUCCAGAAAUUAGAAAUAAAGUGUGUUAGUCAGAACUUCAGGUGAGGAGGAGAUCCUCCAGGUGACCCAUCAUCUCCAUGAACAACAAAGUCCUUCAUGCUGGACACACAGCACCAAGUUUUUGUCAGUUGAUCAUUUUCAAAAGUCCAGUUUAUGUCCUCCUUCAUCAAUUUAAUCUGAUCUUUAAUGUGAUUACAUUUCUACCUCACAAAGUAAAACCAAGUCUUAGUUAAUUCAGACAUCCUGAGAUCAGUUUAGCUUUCUAUCUCGGCUUUCAUCUGGUUUUAGUCUGGUUUUAAGAUUGUAUUGAUUACUUUUAAGGUUCUUGAAGGACUUGCUCCAAGCUACAUUUCAGAGUUUUUAGUAUCUUAUGAUCCGACUCACAGCCUCGGAUCCUCUGGUGAAGUCCAACAUUCAGACCGGAAGUACACAAGAAUACAGAGUUCGCGGUUUAGAGAAAGACAGACAGAAUAGAUGAUCGUCUUUUUAUCGGCUUAUUUUCUGGAGACAUUCUGAGACAUUUGGGUGGAAUGAGGAUUUUAUUUUGAAAGACCAAUCCGGAAGUUGUCUUCUUUCAGGGUCAGUUAUAUUGAGGCUUUUAAUGAUAUAUUCAAAAGAUCCAGGGUUGAUGGAGAGGAUCUCAUUUCCUUAUUUAGGGUUUUUUUUUUUGUUGAUAAAUGUGAGAUAAGAAAAACUUUAUUUAUCCCUGUCAGACCAAAGUGACACAUUUAUACGUACACACUGUAGUGAAAGUAAAAUGAUGAAGACUGUUUACUCUGACUGAUCAGUUUAAAGGAGCAUUUCCAUUUUCAACAUCUCUAAAUCCUCAUUUUUCUGCAAACUGGACCUUUAAAGACAACAGGUUCAUGUGGGACCAGAACCAGAUCCACAGCAGCUCAGAACUAGGAGCCCAGAACACAGCUGCUCACUUUUACCCCCCUUUGUUUGGACUCUCUCUGCCCUCUGGUGGUGAGUGUUUGUCAAAGAAUAAAAAAAUAAGAAUAAACAGAAAUUUAUUUCAGAAACAGAAACCUUUGACACCCCUCCCCUCUCCACCUCUCCUCUCCCUCAUCUCCUUUCCUCUCUCUCCUCUCCUCUCCUCUCUCCCUCUCUCUCAUCUCCUUUCCUCUCCUCCCCCUUCCUUUCCUCUCCUUUCUUCUCCCCUCUCCCCCCUUUCUUUUUUCCUCCUCUCUCCUCCCCUCUCUUUUCCUCUCCUCUCCCAACUUCUCUCUCUUCUCCUCUCCUCUCUCUCAUCUCUUCUCCUCUCCUCCCCCCUCCUCCUUUCCUUUCCUCUCCCCUCUCCUUCUCUCUCCUCUCCUUUACUCCUUUUUUCUCCACUCUCCUCCUCUCCCCUGUCCUCUCUCCUCCUCUCCUCUCCCUCUCUCCCCCUCUCUCCUCUCCUCUCCCCUGAACUCUAACAGACCUGCUGUGACCACAGAGCUCUUUUUAUUUUGCUGAUGUUGUUUCGUUCUUCUCCUCCCGUUCUUCACAGACGGCUGUCUCCUGCUGACCCCGCCCCUCCCUCUCGCUCCUCCUUCUCUGCUCCGCCUCCACCAGGCUGAAGAAGUCCUUCUCUGUCCAGGUGAUCAGCUGAUGCGGACUGUCGUCUCCCACCUCCGGCCCCCCCUCCUCCUCUCGGCUCUGCUCGGAGCGACUCCUCUCCUUCAGACGGAUCUCCCUCUGCCGGGCCUCCAGGAUCUUCUCUCUCUUGGUCUCUCGCUCAAACAUCGCAGCCAGAAGACUCUUGUCAUUCUUCUGCAGAGUGGACAGUCCUGAACACACCUCCAACAGCGUUGCCCCGCCCCCCUGAGAGCCGCACGCCAACAGACGCCCGUUAUCCUGGAGACAGAGGCUGUACAGGGGGUCAUCACACACCUUCAGGCUCAGUGUGGGGUCGUUCUGUUUGAACAGGAUGUCCCAAAUGUCCAAAGUUCCAUCCAUCUUAACUGUAAAGAAGACUGGUGGACGGACGGGACUCCAGCAGGCGUUGGACAGGUAGGAUUUUUGAUACCUGGUCCACAUGAUGGAAGACUCCUUGAUGUCCUCAGACCAGAUGCGAGCGGUCCAGUCCCCAACGGUUAGGAAGUUCUUGGGGAAGAAGGGGUUCCUCUGCAGGGCGUAGACUGGUCCGUGGUGUCCCUCGUAGGUACAGACCAUCUUCUCAGCCGGAGUCUUCGCCUUCCUGUUACAGGAGACAACGAGACCCUGUUCUGUUCCCACCAUGAACUUAGUGGGCAUGGUGGGCUCAAACUCUAAGGAGACCGCUCCAAAAGCUCGAUCUAGGUUCCCCUCCCGGCAUGGGUCCAGGACCAGCUGGUCUGUAGGUUCGCUCAGCCUGCGGACGUCCCACCACAGCACCUGUCCAUCAGUGGACGCGGAGAAGGCAUCUGUCCCAGUCUUGGACUGAAGCCAGAGGAUCUUGUAGACCAGAUCUCGGUGGCUCUGCUCCACAGAGGACACUUCCACUGGUGUCCCUCCUCUGCGGGUGUCCCAGUACACGAUCUGUCCGUUGUAGCUGCCCCCCACCAGGGUGUGGGGGUCUUUGGGGUUGUAGUCCAGGCAAACCAGAGGGGAGGCCGGCUUCAGGGUCAGCUCAGGUUUGUUGGGGUUCUCGAUGUCCCAGAUGUAGGAGUCCAGACUCAAGCCUCUGCAGCUCUUCUGGAACUCCAGGCAGGAGUAAGCGGCCGCCAGUUUCCUCGCGCCAUCAGGAUGCCAGGACAGGUCUGUGAUGGUUCUCCUCAGCUCGUUUGGAUCGCUGAAGACAUUGAUGGUCUUGGCAGACGGCGGCUCCUGGUUCUCCUCCACCUCGUCCUCGUCCUCAAAGUACUCCCGGUAGAUGUCCACGGCGUUGUUCUGUCGGAUGCAGUGCUCCAUGAUGCUGCCCAGCUGUAGGACACUGUUGAUGUAGACCUCAUCCUUCUCCACCUUCUUCCUGAAGCGGAUGGUCUGCUCCAUCUCCUGAGGGUUGAUGUCUUUAGGCCACCCCCCUUCCAGGUGGUUUAUUCCACGGCUCUCCGACUCAAAGCGCUCCGUGUUCACCUGGUGCUCGGACAUGUCCCUGCUGGCCUGCAUGGCCUGGUCUCGGCGGGUUUUCUGGAUGAACUGCAGGGCCAGGUUCGGGUCUGGAGAAACAUCCACCAGGAGCUCAGCGGGCCGGUCCGAGAAGAGACACUGUCGGCCGAACUCACUCCGGAGCUUCGUGUAGACGUGGACGAUCUCCAUCCGGAGAAAGGCCGGUAAAAAGGCGGACUGUGACCCGGAGAAAGGCCGGUAAAAAGGCGGACUGUGACCCGGAGAAAGGCCGGUAAAAAGGCGGACUGUAGGUUGAGAUCUUGUCUGGUGGAAAAAGCUGAAACAUUGACUCAAAUCCACAGGAGGAUUUCAAGUUUGUUGUUUCCUAGUAACGGCUUGGCGCUUUGAAUGAACUGUAUCCUAGCAACCGUGACGUCUUCUUCUUCUUCUUCUUUGUUUGCAUCCAAUAGUUGCAUUGUUGCCUCCUGCUGGAUCUUCACAGCACUACAUAGUUAUAUCCUUUGUAUCAAUCUUGUGGUUAGUGAUUUAUUUAUUUAUUUAUUUAUUUUUAUUGAACAAGACAGACAGUACAAUCAACGAGAAACACAUCACAACAACAACGACAAAAACAGAAAACAAAACACAGACAUACAACAGCCAGAGGACUUACAGUUCAAUGGUACAGUAUUUCUUCAUUAUAGAGUAAGUUUUGGUAGCUUUCUUGUUCUUAAUAUCCUUGAUCGUGGCAGCAUAACGGAGCAGUUCAUUUUUGAAGGGUGCAAUGUUUGGCUUAGAUUUGGCCAAUUUGUUUUUGUGGAUAUGGAAUUUCCCCAAGCUCAAGAUCAGCUGACAGAAAAAGCACAGAUCUUUGUCCUGGUCAUCAUAAUAAAUAAAAAUAUGUUUGUCCUGGAAACUGAUCGUUCUUCCUGUUUUCUCGUGCACAAAUUGUUGGACAUCAAUCCAAAAGGUUUUACUGUAGGUACAAUGAUAAAAUAAAUGAGAGAUGGUUUCAUCUUCAAGUCCACAGAAAUCACAUAAAUAUUCAAUGUCCAGUUUGAAUCUUCCAAGAGUUUUCUUUGCAGGGUAAAUCUGAUGUAAUAUUUUAAAAGAGACUUCUUUGACCUUGUUAUUGAGACAGAAUUUUUCACCAACCAGCCAUGCAUUACUCCAGUUAAUUUCUCCCAAUUGUACAGACCAGUUAGUUUGACCUCUAGGCAGUGUCUUUGGUUGUAGGCAGCUUCUCAACAGUCUACUCGAGCAGGCUCUUGCAGCCGUUCUUUCAGACCCUUUAAGAAGUUGUAGCACCCCCUGAGGUAAUGCAUCAAAAACCACUGCAUAUUGUUUUAGGGUGACUGGGAGUUGAAAUUUUAACAUAAAUUCUUCAUAAGAAAGUAAAAAGCCAUGGUCGUUAAGAAGUUGGUCGACUAGUAAAAUGUUGUGCUCCAUCCAGUCCUUGUAAAACAGUGAUCGGUUUUUGUAAACGAUGUCUUCAUUGUUCCAAAUAUAAUAGCUGGUUGGUGAGAAAUUAUGUUUGUAGAUCAGUUUCCAGGACAGCAAGGCUUGUUUGUGAAGGUUAGAGAGUUUAACAGGAAGCUUCUCAAUUUUGUAAUUACAUUUCAACAUAAAGCGUAUACCACCAAGUGAGUUGAAUACAUGUGUAGCAAAGGAGUUCCAGAGGUUGUUCUUCUCUCUACAUAACUUACUCAGCCAGUUGAUCUUGAAAGAGUGAUUCAAUAUUUCGAAGGUUAGCACAUCCAAACCACCAUCCCUCUUGGUAUUACAUAGAAUAUCUUUUUUUAAAUAAUGGCGUCUGUUCUUCCAGAUAAACUUGAAUAAGAUUUGAUCUAAUUUCUUGGAGACUACAGCAGGCAUUUCUAGUGCUAGUGAUCGAUAUACAGAUCUUGAUAUUCCUUCCGCUUUGGAUAACAGAAUCCGUCCGUGUAAAGAUAGAUCCCUCACUAACCACAUAUUGAAUUUUCUUUGUAUCUGUUGAGUUAUUGGUUCAAAGUUUAACUCAGAGCGCCUCUUCUCAUUUUUGUCAAGUACAACACCCAAAUAUGUCACAGUUUGUUUAAUGGGAAUACCAUUUAAUUCUGCCAGAUCACAGUGUUUGAGGAGAAAAAGCAUAGAUUUAUUAAGGUUCAUUGUCAGCCCAGAAACCUCUGAAAACUCUCUGAUACACUGCACAGCUUCGACAAGUUCAUUUUGGUUGGACAAAAAAAUAGCUGUAUCAUCCGCUAACUGAGCUAGUUUGAAUUCUCUACCUACGGCUGUCACACCCUGAAAGUUGCUUUUUUUAAUAUGUGUUUCCAUAACCUGUGUAACCAGCAAAAACAAAAAAGGGCUUAGGGGACAACCUUGUCUGAUUCCACGACCAAUAUUAAAUCUGGGUGUUGUGCCAUUUGUUAUCUUAAUUAAGUGUUUGAACUGCCCUCAAAAACCUAUUUCCAAAACCAAAACAUCGAAUAACUUUAAACAUAAACUGGUGAUUGACUGUAUCAAAUGCUUUAUAGAAGUCCACAAACAGAAUAAAACUAUCAUCAGGUAUAAAUUCAUUAUAGUCUAUCAUAUCCAGAAUCAGACGAAUAUUAUUGACAAUAUUCCUCCCUGGCAUAAACCCAGAUUGCUCCUCAUCUAUAAUAUCAUCUAAUCCUAUUUUCAAUCUUUUAGCAAAGAUGAGAGCAAACAGCUUUGCAUCAUUAUUCAAUAAACUGAUCGGUCUCCAGUUUUCAAUGUUUAAUUCAUCUUUUUUUGGUUUUGGAAUUAGUUUUAUCAGUCCCUGUCUUAAAGUGUGGGGGAGUUCUUCCUUGUCUAAAGCCUCUUCGAAUAGCUCAGUUAAAAAUGGAGCGAUUGCUUAUUUAAAGUAUUUAUAAAAUUCCCCAGUUAUCCCGUCAUUACCUGGGGCUUUGUUGUCCUUGAGGGAGUCGAUGCAUUUUUGUACCUCUGUUAUUGUUAUUUUUUGAUCACACGUUACAUGGAGGUCAUCAUCUAUUCUUCUAAUAUUUGGUUGUAUGGUCUGAAGAAAUAGUGAUAUUUUAUCUUCAUUUAACAGGUCAGUCAUAUACAGCUUUUCAUAAAAGCGUGCAACAUAUUUUCACACACAGCGUCAUGAAUUUAAGUUUGCAGAGAGAAGACAUUUCGGAAUUCCUUUUUUCUAGAUUAAAGAAAUAUUUGGUGCAUUUUUCCCCUUGUUCAAGCCAUUUCCUCCUGGAUUUAGGGUUUUUUCGUGUGUGUUUAAUUUUCUGUCCCACACUCCAGUCCAGUAGGUGGCGGUAGUGCAACGUUAAGUUGGUUUGCCGCCAAUAAAACGAAGAAGAAGAAGGAGGAAGUUGUCCUCUUUAUUCCGUCAUAGGGGAACAAAAUGGCGCUGCCCGUGAGGAGGACGGUGGCGGCUCUUUUCAGACCAACAUGCAGCAGUUUAAAGGUAAUUAAGAAUAAAAGGUUUACGGACAUUCAGGGUCGAUCUGUGGUUUUUAUGUUUGACCAUAAAGAUCAUUUUAAUCACUAACAUUCAGACCCGGUCCACAAAGACCCGGACUGAGAAGAUUUCUGGACCUGGUUCCGUUUGUCUGUUUGAGGCAAAUUUAGUUUUUUAACAACAUUAAAUCUUCUGUAGACUGAUGUAUAUAAAUAAACUUUAAUUAGUGAAGUUUGACCCUCCUGAUCUUCUGAACUUUAGUCCUUUAAACCUGCAGACACUUUGAUGAAGGUGAAGAUCAUCUUCAGACCUCCUUCAUGGUCUGAUCUUCAUGGACCUUCAUGGUCUGGUCUUCAUGGUGGUCUUCAGCAGAAACUGUCUCUUUAUUUCUGUAGAGCAGACCGACCCUCCGUCCUGUUUGAUGGUAGAGAACUGAAAAACUCUCCUCCAUCCUUUACUCCUUUCCUCCAUCCUUCUCCUCCUUUCCUUCUCUUCUCCAACACCUCCUCUUCUCCUCCUCUUCCUCCUUCUAAAGAACUUGGAGGCGGUCCUGGAUGUGCGUCACCCUGGCCCCCUUUACCUUCCGGUCCGGACCAAGAAGCGGUUCUUUAUACCUCCAGCAGUGGGAACCAAAGUAGACAACCAGGACAACCAGGAGGACCCGGAGGCGAUGGCGAGGGCGGCGGGGAUCGUCUUCAGACAGGAGUACAUGGAGAGGCCCAUCAACAUCUCCUCCUCAGGUGUGGACGUCCCUCUAACGUGUCUCAGUUCGGCUGAUUUUCCCCUCAAACCUUCGAUCUCUGAACUGUCCUCUUUUACAAAAACUCAGAUUUCUCCUCCUUUAACAUUAAAACUGUUUUAGAGCCUCUUCGUUUUUUUACACUUUGGACUUUGUGGCCAAAAAAAAGAGACGAACAGUUUUCUGUGGAUUUCCUUUAAAUGGAUUAAACUGGAGGUAGCUACAGGUGGGUUGGUAGGUUGGUUGGGUGGUUGGUUGGUUGGGUGGUUGGUUGUUGGUUGUUGGUUGGUAGGUUGGUAGGUUGGUAGGUAAUCCCAGAGGGAAAUUCUAAAACAGUGAUAAUAACAGAGGAGCAGAAUAGUCUCGACUCCAGCACGUCCAAAACUCCAGUUUCAGACGACCACACCUGCCGUCAUGUUCUGAGUAAUCCAAGUUUAAAGGAAGUGUAUAAGAGUCCUCUCACCUUUAUAUUCCUGUGUGUUUAUCAGCGGGAGUCUUUGACCCGUACAUCCCUCCAGAGGGCGACGCUCGGCUCUCCAGUCUGUCUAAAGAAGGCCUGAAACAACGAACUGAGCAGAUCCGACAGACGGCUGCGUCACAGCUCGCGUAAGCUCCUUUCUUUUCUUUUUCUGAGUCCAAUUCAUCACGUUCCUGUCCGUUAAAAAAAAACUGACUGUGUCUCUUCUUCUGCUGUUUCUCUCAGGAUUCGGAAAAUCAAGGAGCACGACCCGGAGUUCACCACGAAAGGUUUUGCAGAGAAAGCUCAGGAGAUUUUUAUCGAGGCGCACAACGCCCUGACACAGUAAGAGAAUGACCGGACAGCGCCGCCUUUACUAACCUGCUCUCCCGCUUUUUCACCUGAAGAUCAAACAGAUCUUCACCAACCAGAUCUCAUAAAUAAUCCCUGUUUUCAUUGAGUCAGGGCUGGACGUCUGUAACUCUCUCCUCUCUGGUCUGAAUCAGAAAUCACUCUCCCUCCUCAGACCAGUCCAGACCGCAGCAGCUUUUAACUUUGAACUUUUUAGUCGACGGCGUCACAUCACUCCAGUUUUGACCUCCCUUCACUGUCAGUUUGAGAAUUGAUUUUAAGAUUUAUUGAUUACUUUUAAAGCGCUCAGAGGACUCUCUCCAAGCUCCAUUUCAGAGUUUUUACUCCCAUAUGAGGCAGGUGGGGUGGUCUACAGCAGCGGAGGGGGUCCAUCUUCUUACCGAUGAAGAUUCAGACUUGGUCCAACAGCUGGAGCGGACGUCCUUCACUGAUUUAGGACAGCCGCUCAAAUGUUAAUCAAUCCAAACUUUAUUGAUAAAGCUCCUUUGAUCCAAUCAUGUCACAGAGUUCUUUAGAGUUUGUUGAGGGUUUUAUUUUCCAGCUGAGAUGAACGUCUUCAUGGUUUCGUUUAAGAGAAGAAUAAAAAUCUGUGUUUUGUUUUUCAGCUUCAACAAAGAGCAGCUUCACUCUUUGGUGACGGAGCGCUGUUAUCCCGUGAGUUCCCCCUCUGCACUUUUGAACAUGGCUUCAGUUUCACAGAUCCACCCUAUCUUAACCUUCUCAUCCCUCUCUGUGCUGUUUUCAGGAAAUGACUCGAGGGAACCGCUAUAAGACCAUCCGUUGGAGGUUUGUCGAGUCUCUGGAGCCGCCCAAAGUGGUCCACGCCCGCUGCCCUGACAUGGUCAGCAAAGGCAACCUGUACGGUCAGGUGACGGUCCGCAUGCACUCCAAACAGGUACCUGAGUGUGAACUGAGUUAUAAAAAACCCUCAAAACUUUCCUUUUGAUCCUCCUCAGAUUCUUUUUAAAAAGAAAAAAAAACACCUGCUUUUGCUUUUGUUUAACUAAUAACCUGUUUUUAUUUUUCUUUACUGUGAAAUUUCUCUGCUUUUAAGAUGAGGCUCUUUGAGGUCGCUUGAUGUACAGAGCAAUACUUAUAAAAUGUAUAGUUGUUAUUACUACUGUUAUUGUUAUUGUUGUUGUUGUUGUUGUUAUCAUUAUUAUUAUUUUUAUUGUUGUUGUAGUUGUUAAUAGUAUUUAUUUUAUUAUUAUUAUUAUAAAUAUUAUUAUUAUGAAUAAUAAUAUUUAUAAUAAUAAUAAUAAAAUAAAUAAUAUUAACAACAACAAUAAUAAUAAUAAUUAUUAUUAUUCAUUAUUAUUAUUAUUAUUAUUAUUAUUAUUAUUAUUAUUGUUGUUAAUAUUAUUUAUUAAUAUUAUUUAUUUUUAUUAUUAUUAUUAUUAUAAAUAUUAUUAUUAAUUAUAAUAAUAAUCAUUAUUAUUGUUAUUAUUAUUAUUCCUGACUUUCCUCUCAUCGUUAGUUUUCCACUCAAGUUUCUUCUGGUCUCUUGAGUUUGUCUGUAAAACUGAUCUGGGUUUUGAAUCGGUCUGUAUCAGACCGGACUGGACCUGAAGAACCUGCUGGGACGAUGGUCCUGUAAACAUCAGGGUGACUGAACGAACGCUCGCUCUGUUUCAGACUCUGGCCGUCUACGAUCGCUUCGGGAGGCUGAUGCUGGGCAGCGAGGAUCAGCCCAAGGAUGUCCUGGAGUACCUGGUCUUAGAGCGCCAUCUUGUCAACCCCUACGGCCGGUGGAGGUUACACGGGAAGAUAGUGCCGUCCUGGGCUCCGGCCAAAGACCCCAUCAUCAAGGUGACCCUGGACUGGACUCACAGCUUUCAUUUAACACAGCUGGUAUUAAGAAGACGACUUUGUUUAAAGAAAGAGGGCCGAGGAGCGUGUUCUGGACUCCUCCUCAGUAUUUGAACCCGAGUCCUGUAACCUCCUCACUGUUCAGAUGAAGCUUUAAAUGCUGCUGAGCACAAAGAGGGAAAAACUCUUCCUCCUGUCGCUCCAGAGGGGAGCUGUAGACCUCACCUGAUCCUUCAGAAGGGUACAGACCUCAGAUCCUUGUCUCAGUUUGAAGCAGCCGGUCUCUUGAGUUGGUGACUGUUUCACGUCCUCUCACCUCCUCUUCUUCUCUCCUGAUCAUCAACAGGACCAGAACUAACCGUAAAAACACAGACCCUGUUUGAGAAUCACUGCUGUGGUUUGACCCAUGUUCCAUCGGUUCACAUGGAGGAGGCAGCAGCCUGUCAGCAGAGAGCAGGGUCGUGUCUGACAGUCUGUGGUGAUGAUGAUGACAGAUGUUUGUAUAAGCAGCUGUGAUCUACUGACCUUUAACCUGAUCGAACCUGAAGACAUGAACUUCAGCAGUCAUGUGACACAGGUGUAGAUGUUACCUGCACAGACAGCUGGAGCGGGGACGUCCUUCAGCUCUGAUGACUGUACCUGUCACUGAAGAGACACUAUGUCACUAUCUAUCUCUCUAUCUAUCUAUAUAUCUAUCUAUCUAUAUCUCUAUCUAUCUAUAUAUCUAUCUAUCUAUAUCUCUAUCUAUCUCUCUAUCUCUCUCUAUCUAUCUAUCUCUCUCUCUCUCUCUCUCUCUCUCUCUCUCUCUCUCUGUCUCUGUCUCUGUCUCUGUCUCUGUCUCUGUCUCUGUCUCUCUCUCUCUCUCUCUCUCUCUCUCUCUCUCUCUCUCUGUCUUUCUGGAGGUGCCUGUAAAAGCGCUCGUGUUCUCCUCGUCUGUGAGAAGAAGCUUUUGGACCUCGAACAUCAGAGUUCAGGAGUUGUGAUGUUUCUGGUUCUGCUCUGUUUGUCUGAUGUUAAAGGAAACUGUGAGCAUCUAUAUGAAACCGGUUCAGCUGUGAUCUAGUGUUUUCAGUUCUGUUUUUACCGUCACUCCUCCCCUCUCUUGUUUCUGAUGGUUUCUCUCUCUCUUUAGAUAAAACGUCAGAGUUUCUUUUCGUGUUCAUUAGAAUCUGUUUCUCUAAAUCUUCUCUCUCUUCUUCAGACUGUCAUGAUUCCUGGUCCAGAUCUGAAGCCGUGGGAAGAGUUUGACGCCGUCGGCUAUCAAGUUCCUAAACCGGAGGCUGUUCAGUGGAAUAAAUAGACCACCAGGAGGCGCUGCUGUUUGCAUCAAUCCAUAAUCAGACUUUGAGCCAAACAGAGUUUAAAUGUUGGCUGUGGCAGGUCAGUUCGUCUCCUCUGGAGGUUCUUCUCUGCUGUAAAAUGCUGCUGUCUGUGGAGACGCUGGAGCAGCAGGUGAGUUUGAGGAAGAACAAACCUGUCACUGUCACCGCUGCAGGUAACGGAUGAUCCUAAACGCUCUUUUCAUGGCCUCAGAUGUCCCUUUUCCUCACAGUUUCAUGAGAAUAACUUAAAGUGCAAAUGUGAAAAAUAAAUGUACAGAUCAGGAGAAAGUGUCUGGUUUAUUUCUCUGAUGGAGCAGCUGCACGUUGACCUCAGGAGAUACAAAAAUAACGUGUCCCAUCUGCUUCUCCUCACUAAUACUUUUCAUAAUCUGAAUAAUCUCGUACAGAAGACAUAAAAACUUGAAAACAGCUGAUUUCUGAUGUAAACCAAAGAAAUGUGUGACAACAAUAUUCAUAACAAGACAUGUUACAGGACACUCGAUCAAACAAAAGAACACAAACAUGCAAACGGUACCACAAAACCAGAUCAUCCAGCUGACAGAGAAGCUGGGGCAGUUUUUCACCACAAAGAAACAAGCUGGACUUCUGAGAUCACAACGUUCAGGCGCAGAGACGUGACCUUACACCGAUACAGGAACCAUUAACACUGCAUUCCUAUUGGACAAACACAGAACGCUCUUCUUUAUCAGAGCCGCCCUUCCUGUCUCUGACGGACUUCAGAUAUUCGGGGCUGAAAAAUAACUAAUGAGACGUCUUUGUAAUUUGAGAUGUUGUUCCUCAAAUAUUUGAUAUUACAGACAAAUGCGUGACUCACAACUGCAGCGAACUCUGAUGUGAAACUCGGGGUAUUUUAGUCGCUGUAUAUAUUUAAACCCUUUAAAGGUGUUGUAGUCUGGAUCUGAGGAGGUUCCAGUUUUUAGGAGAAAUCUUGAAUGUAAACUCUACCCCUCACAACCAGUUCUCCCCUCAGCUCCUCCUCUCCCCUCAAGCCCCGCCCACAAACAGACGCUCCUGCUCGCUCGUAUCGUUCCAGUUAAAUUCAGAUAUAAUGCAGAUCAAUACUUCAGAUCAUUACAAAUGGGGCCCAGUCAUGGUGAAAGUCAAAAGCAUUGGUGCUACUGUAGAUGCCAACAGACUACCAGCAAACACAAUGUUUGCAGGACUUCUACAACGAGGAUAAAGUGACAUAGUCCAGGACCCGAGGGAGGACAGUUUAGCGAUGGCGCUACAACACGCUACAGCAGGUCCGUUUGACAAGAAACACUUCUGUUACAGACACUUGUCUUACUUUGUUAAAGCGGUUUACCUGUCCAGCAGAAAGGUUACAGGGUCACCAAGAUCCCCAAGCGUCCCCCAUGGUUUAUGUUGACCCGGCUUUUUAGCUCUUGUCCGGUCUACCUCCGUUUUAAGCGCCCGUUAUUCCUCCAGAGUCUCCGGUAUUUACUUUGUUUUCUUGCUUGUGUCGGCAGUCGUGGCCAAAGGAGGAUUCAGACAAUUUUCCGAA